GAUUAUCUGUGGUCGGUUUUGUCGCCGUCGCCGAAUGAUAUGUCAUUUUUGAGUCCCACAAAUCGCUUAGUUUGAGUAAAAUAAUUCUUUUUAAAAACAAAACCUAGUUUAAAACAAUAAGAAAUGUCGAUUUUGGCGUACAACGGAGGUGCCGUGGUAGCGAUGAAGGGGCAGGACUGUGUGGCCAUCGCCACAGACAAGCGCUACGGCAUCCAGGCGCAGACCGUGUCCACAAACUUCCCGAAGGUGCAGCGAAUGGGCCCCACACUGUUCGUGGGACUGCCAGGACUGGCUACUGACACACAGACGGUGUUUCAGAGGCUAAAGUUCAGAAUGAACCUGUAUGAGCUGAAAGAGAACCGAGUGAUGAGCCCCAAAACCUUCUCCGCCAUGCUCUCCAACCUGCUCUACGAGAGGCGCUUCGGGCCCUACUUCAUCGAGCCCGUCAUCGCUGGCCUGGACCCCUACACUUCCAAACCUUAUGUGUGCAAUAUGGAUGUGAUUGGCUGCCCAAAUGAGCCGGAAGAUUUCGCAGUAUCAGGCACAUGCGCCGAGCAGCUGUACGGCAUGUGUGAAGCCCUGUGGGAGCCCAAUCUGAAGCCCGAUGAUCUGUUUGAGACCAUCUCACAGGCGCUAGUGAACGCAGCGGACCGCGACGCCAUUUCCGGUUGGGGCGCCGUGGUAUAUAUUAUUGAGAAGGACAAGAUCACCGAGAAGCACGUCAAGACGAGGAUGGACUAGUUUUACUGCACUGCUUUUACUUUACGUUUAUUAAUAAACUGUCAAAAUCUC